UUGGCGCUUUUUCCGACCAACCUUCUGUAUUGUCGGAAUCAUAACAAGCUUGUCGUCUUCAGCCAUCAUGGCGAACCCUCGGAAGUUUAGCGAGAAAAUAGCCUUGCACACUCAAAAGCAGGCUGAGGAGACAGCUGCUUUUGAGGCUAUUUUACAAGAAGUUAAUUCUGCUACCAGGGAGCCUCCAAGAUACCAGAAACAGCAGCAACAGCAGCAGCAGCAACAACAACAACAACAUAUUGCUCCAAAUUUGGGUACCUACAGAGGAGGGUCACUUCCCAAUGUCAAUCAAAUAGCUGCAAAUCAGGGUAUUGAUUUACAAGCUACAUUACAGCAUUUAGAUGAUAUGAAACAAGGCAGAACAAAUUUGGUUGAUCGUGGUCAUGGAAGACAAGAAAGACAUAGGCAGCAGAUUGGACCACACAGACGAAACUUUCCACCUGAUAAAAGGAUUGAUUCAUCACCGUAUGGAUCUUCCUAUCACCUGUCUCCACCACCAGACACCAGUUGGCGUAGUUAUGGGCUCCCCAAGAUGAACCGCUAUCUGUAUAGUGGCGUUUCCUUGUCUCGGGUGCACUCUGACCCCUCCCUGCACAUGAAUGCAAUGGGCGGAAAUACAGCAAAUAAAAAUUAUACGCAUCCCCCCGUGACACCACCGUCCCAUCGCCGUAUUGUAGAGAUGGUUGGAGAGAAUGCAGGGGACAGCCUCCAGUUAAAUUUCUGGGAUUCUAAGAAAAUGGGACCAUCGAGGCCAAAGUCUUGUGAGGUUCCCAAUAUCAACAUUUACCCCAGCCAGGAGCAGGAGGGCAGCAGCUCACAAGGGGGUGGUGCCAUCAUCCCGAUGACGGCCAACAAUACAGGCUCCCUGCCUGACCUGUCUGUGCUGCAGUUUCCCUCCCCACUGGUCACACCCCUGGACCAGGAGGACCCCUACAAUACGGCCAAUGCUGUGGCUGGCGUGGCCAAUCAGGGCAACAGCCCUGUGAGUCUAAGCCCCACCAGUCCGCGACAUAUGCCAGGCAUGGCCCACUCGAGCCCGCAGAGCCCUAAUCAGCGCCGCCGCCAGCCAGGAGGCAUGGCUCUUCCCAGCCCGCUGGUGUUGAAUCAGAUGGGAGGCCCACCCUCGCCCGCUGGAAUGGCAGAUAUGGACCCGUGCAUGCGACAGCAGUACAUGUUGUGUUUACAACAGCAGCAACAGCUACAGCAACAACAGCAGCAGCAGCAGCAAAUGAGGCACCGGGGCUCCCCCCACAGCCAACCCUACCCGACUCCUGUCUCUCCCUUAUACUCGCCCACGCAUCGGUCGCUAAACCACCAACGGCAAGCCACUAAGCCUUCAUUGCACAAUCACUCGCACCACAUAGGCUCUCCGACUGGUUCCCCAACACACAGCACCCCCUUGCCCCCCAAUCAGCAGCCACAGCUUCACCAGGCUCAGUUCUCACCCCCCAUCCAGCCACAGCAACAACAACAACAACAACAACACACAAACCCCCAACAGCAUCAGCAUCAGCAACAACAACAACAACAACAACACCAGCGUCAGCAAUCUCCCCUGUCGCCCCCGGUGCCUCAAGUGCACAUCACCAACUGUGAUGACCCGAGUACGCAGGCGUCCAUGACGCAGUACCGCAACAAUGCGGUCUCUGAAACAAACUGCCAGUCUCCCACCUCCCCCCAUUCAGCCCCCUCUUACAGUCCUUCCCAGUCCCCUGGGCUGAACCCCACCACUCAAGCUGUCAACUCAACCUUCAGCGACUCAUACUACAUUCAGCAGCAGCAGCAGCAGACCAACGCUCUGCAACAUCAGUUCGAGCAGUUCAACAUGAAUCCUCCUGGGGACCCAACCACCAUGGGCUCCACAGUCAUGACCAGCAACGGCCUGGGUUUAGUCAGUAGCAGUAGCGCUAACAACAUCAACAGUAUGGCCUUCUCCCAACAGCCGGGAUUAGCAUUACAGUACUCUCAGGCAGCCAUGCUGGGACUGACUAGCUCGGAUGACCUCUUCCAACCACAUUUCCUGGGGCCUAUUGAUGUGAUGGCUAGUGGUCAAUCGGGCAGUCACCCAUCAGUGUCCAGCAGCCGGCCUAUGGCCCAGAGCAACUCUGUUUCUUCACCCACUUCUGGCAGCAAGAUUCCUGACAUUGUUCUCACUGGUGCUGACGACUUGUGUCGGUUACCUCUAGAUUUUGCCAAAGAUUUGGGUAAUGCCAUCACGGGCAUGACCGAUGGAUUUGACACUGACUUUCUCACCAAUGACGAAGCUUUCAAGGCUGGAUUGGAUCCGUUAGAUUUGGAAGAAAUUCAGAUGUUAACAGAUGCUAGUUUAGUUGCCGACCCUGCCACAGAAGACACUUUCAAGUUGGACAGAUUGUAAUAGGCCCUGCGAAAUGCAGGCUGGCAGAACAAAAGUGUUUGACUUACAUUUGUACGCUUUGCUCUAAUCAGAGCUUUUAAAGUUUGCUGACGAAAAUUUCCCUGUUUAUUAAGCACGGACAAGAUGUCGCAGCUUUUAUCCUCUUAUAUGUGUUCACCAACACUGUCGGUCUGCCUGUGGAGUUUCCUGCACAUUGACAGAAAAUUCUGGGAGAGGAGCAGCUUGUUUCUUCGAAGUAGGUGAUCACAGAGAGUUGUGGUGCAGGUGUGCAUGUGUGUGCUUGUGGUGCUCUAGGUGGCGACAAUGUGUGCUGACAAUCACUUGGCAGUCUGAACGGGUGCGUGUAGGACAGGAUUGCUGACAGUGGAUCCUGCUUCUAGUGGCUGUGUGUUCACAAAGACCCAGGAACAUGUACAGGACUCACAGAUGCAGCUGUAAGAUCACAAGGACUUUGUUUUAUCCUCUGCUUUAUUGGUAUUUUUUGCUAAAGUGAUUUGUGAUGGAAUAUUAUGCUUUUUUUAAGAAUCAUUAUAAAAGAAAUUUACUCAUGGGAAGCAAGCCUAACUCAUUGUAUAUCAAUCAAUACUUCCUUCCCUCUUUCUUCCCAGCUUGGCCCUAGUACUGAAGUGGAUGGAAGCAAAUUAAAGAUACAUUUGGCAUGUUUCAAGCAUUCUUAGUUUACAUAGUUUUGGGUAAUUGCGCAAAUCGACACUUGGUAAAAUAUUUGGUAAAGUAAAAGCCUAGUAUUGUUCAUAAAGCAUAGAAAUCUGUAUUGUUUGUAAAGUACUGGUUUUUGUAUCUGUUCACUGCAUCCUUUCAGCUGUCAUCUGUAUGGAAGGUUAAUUGGUUUAUUAGCGCUUUCAGCAUGUCUCAGCUUCUGCUUCACUUCGAUUGACUGCUCAUGAAUGAAAUUCUUUUAUUGUCAUUUUUAUCAUUUCUUCUCAUAAUGCAGAAACUCGUAGGUCAUUUCACAUGGGAAUGUUAUACCACUUUUUUCUUUCCUCAAACCAACGUAUUCAGUUGUUUUUUUUUUAAAUGUCUGUUGUUAUGGUGUUGUCUUUAUUUAAUGCAAACUUAUUGAUAUGCUCAGGUUUAUUAUGGAUGAAAGAUAACUUUUUGGAAGACACAGCAUUCUUCAGUACAGUUUCUUUUCUUUUUUUCAUUUCAUCUUAUGGUCACUGCUCUUCAUCAACAAUAACGCAUGUUAAAAUGAAGAUGUCUUCAUUUCUGGAGCUGCGCAGGCUUACUUUUUAAUUUAAUGAAAGCCUUGUUUUGAGUUGAGCUGAAAGAACAAAGGAAGAAAUAUAGUAUUUCGUGCUAGCUUUUUUUAAACUCAUCAUGUCGUCUUUGCAGAAUAUCAAUAUUGCAUUGGCAAGAGUAAAUCAUAAAGAGUAUUUUAGGGGGAAAAACAAUUUAGGAAAUAUUAUGAACAAUGCUUUGAUGGGUAAUGAUGCCAGAUGAAUUGUCCUUUACUGUAAAGAGGAAAGAUGAUGUAUGCUUAAUUGUGUCUUCAGUGAGAAAAAGAAAAUUGUGUGUGUCUUUGAACUCUUUAUAGACUUAACUCUCAUGUUUAAAGUUAUGUUAAAUGUAGGUAAGACAACUGUUGAUGCAGAAUCAGUCUUCAAAUGUUAAGGAAUUUUACUACCUGAAAAAUUGAAUGUGAUGGAAUUGAUUUUGUGAUAUUUAGAGGAAUAGGUAAUGAGCUGUAUUGCUUAAGGAUGCUUAUAGUAAACGACAAGAAAUAAUUAUUUGUGAGGGUCUAAUUGGGAUCUUUUGUCCUUUAGUGUGGAUGCACUUCUAGUUGUUGCUGUUAUGCUCUCUGCUCUCUGCAGAGCGGGUGCUGUGGUCUUUGUACAGCAGAAACAAAAGUUCAUGUGACUGCUGUGCUCUUUUAGUAUUAGUCGUUGAGAGGAGUUGCUGUUGUCUGCUGGACAAAUGUCAAAGUUUGAGGCAUUCUUUGCUUUCUUUUGUCACAAAUAGUGGACAGUUUGCGUUGUAUGCUUCUGUUAUGGAAUCUUCUGCAUAUGAAGAUGUGAUGAUUUUCUUUUUGGGGGUCUUAGGAUUUCUUAGAAUGAUCGUUUGAGAGCAGGUCACGCUGCAGUGUUUAUCAGGGCUGCCCAUCGCUACGAAUUUGGUGGAAUAGUCAUGAUUUUUAUUCAAUUUUACGAAAAUACGAUUGUUUUACCUCUGAUUCUGAUUUUAGAAAGUUUCUGUUAUCCCAACUCACUGCCAACCUUCCCAGUGUAUAAGGGAAGAAAAACUACAUACCCAGACAGUCUACGUCACUAUGUCACUUGAAGAUGUCUAACUUUAACAUCCUCUUUGCCUUGAGCCUUGUAGUCGUUCAGUGCCAGUUUGCCCCAAGAAAAACUUAAGAUUUUAGAAGUGCUGAAUCCAGGAGUAAGGUAAACAUUAGGUUGACAGGGUGUUAGCAAAUUCCUGUCUUUUUAUGCUGUGUAUGACAGCUAAGGCCAGUGAAAGAUAUUUUUAUAAAGAAGGAUCAGUGUUUGAAACAUAGUACAAAAGCCCCCAUUUCUUACCUUUUUUUAAUUUAACUCCACCGGUGACGAGCCCAUCAAGACCUUUUUUUUUCAUCAUGCCUUUGUUUUCACUUGAGUUACUUUUACACUUGCCUGACUAAACCCCUGUCCUUGAAACCCCAACCCCGUAGAAAAAGACGAUCCAUAGCUCUAUUACGAAUUUUUAAGCCAGAUUGCUAAUUAUCUAUUUGCUGAUUACUAAAACAUAUAUGCUGGUGAGUGGGCAGCCCUGCUUUAUGCUUGGUUUUCUGCAUUUAUUUUCUGGCAGAUGCGCCUUUUUCAUGUGAACUGCAUUUCGUAGUAACACAUCACAUCAGAUUUAUCGUUUUUAGGAAGGGAAAAAUUUAAUCCAUAUAUCACUUUUAUAAAAGAGGGGUCUUUUUUGCUGUAGUUGGAAGUGAUCUUUCAAAUUAUGUAAGACGAAAUAUAUACAGUGUUGAAAGCUUGAUUCUAGUCUUGUAACAACUUGCCCUUCAAAUAGGAAAAUACCUGAAAGUAGACUUGUCAAUCUUAUCUAAAUGACUUUACACUGGCAUGAAUAUAUAUGUGUAUAGACCGAUACUCUUAAUGUGGAAUAAUCAUUAUGACUGAUUGGACAUAAAAUGAUAAUCUGAUGUAUGGCCAGGGUUUUUGUUUUUAAUCUCAGACUUUCUCAUUCCUCUUGCUCACAACUCUGUGGAAACAACUCUGUGGAAAAAAUGCAGUAUUUAAUAGGUUCCAAUGUUCAUAUAAUGUAUGCCAUUGAGGUCUUAACCUCCUUGAAGCGUCUCCAGCACCAUCGUGUGGUAAGAGUGAUCAUACAGAAAGGAAAACAUUGGUAGUACACAUCUGUUGGUUUUGAGCUCAAAAUCUCAAUGGCAGGCAGGAUACAGUGUGCAAUUUUUGCAUUGACAGCAGUCGCAGAUUAUGGCCUUGUUUCUCAUUUAUCACUCAGCAUGUUGAUCACCCACUGCUGUUGUCACCCAUUCCUUUUGUGUCAUGAGAUGCUAUUAUUUUAUGUUGUGCACCUUGUGUUGGCUUUGUAUUGGUGCAUUGAAGAGUUUGAAGGGGGGGGGGGGUGGAGAUAUUGUUUUAAUGUUGCAACUGUCGUCUGUCACUGCUCGCCUUUCUUGUGUGGUCAUAGACGAGGUGUGUAUGUUCUUGUGACUCAGUUGUCAAUGCGUGUGCCUUGUCUGUGCAAUGAAUGUUACCUGUCUAAUUAUGUCAUCUUUAGCAAAGGAGAGCUAUAAAAGCAUUCCUAACUGAUUCUGUGUAGUGACAUGGAGGUGAUGCUGUGUCAUAUUUUGAACGGUGAUGAUCUGCUGUGGUUGGCCUUUGUGUUUCCUCUUGGUGUCUGUGUCUGAAAUGUCUGUACAAUUUUUUGCUCGUCUUUUUUACUGCAAUUUUUGUCCCUGUAGAUUGUAAGGUAUACUUUUGUAUUGCUUUUAUCCAUUUAUUUUUAUACUGAAGUGUUGCUGAAACUUUCCAUGUGGUCAAUGAACUGUUUUAGAGAAUAGUGAGGUGUCAAAAAAGAUGUCACAGUGUCCUGAUAGAGAGAAAAUUGUAUUUUUCUUUGGUUUCGAGGCUCUUAUAUUUAAAAGUUCCAUGUUCUGUGAAGAAGGAAAAAACAAAACAAAUGUUGUUGAAAGUCAAGCUGUUUGAGAUUUUUCUUUGAAUUUUCAAUUUGUUUCAGUGGUUUUGUUUUCAUUUCUUUGAACAAUGUAACCUUCAUAAAGCUGUUCACAUCAUAUAUGCCACUUCCUUUUUUUUUUACGAACGAAGGAAAUAGAAUGACAGGAUGCAAAUUAGUAUCCCAUUAUUCUACAUUGCCAUAGCUAGGGGCUGCAUUUUGGUCAAUAUUUCGCAACAGGAGUGUCUUGGAUACUUUUUCCACUGCCCAAGUAACUUUAGAAGGCAAAGUGGCAGUUUUGUGGUGGUUUCACAUUGUCAAGGGGGCCUGGGAUGACUGCUGUCUUGGAGUAGAUUCAAUCAAAGUCUAUUUGAACAUUUGAUCCGGUGAUACAAUUUGCGUGCUUCUGGCUUAUGUUACAGUACUUCAUGGUGACUCUUUUUUGUUGAUCUUUUUUCCUGUUUCCAUUGUUCACUUAUAUUGCAAGUCAGUACAGACCUUUUACAUUUGUAAGUCAGUUAUUUUUGUUUGCUCCCUUCUGUUUGCAUUGUUCUGUACCAGGUUUCAAGUUCACUUCUAAAUCUUAUUGCUAAUUUUGAAAAGUUUUGUCGAAUUGAUGUGUAAAGUCGAACAACGACAUUGCUGCAGGAAAAUUUAGCAAGAUCCUAUAUUUCAAGACUUAGUCUUUGGCUUAUGUCUGCAAUUUUUUCUUCUAAAUAUGUCCCAAGGUACUGGUUCAUUUCACUUUAGAUUUUAGCUGCUGAGGACAACACUACUGUCCAAUACUUUCACAGUUGAUAUGACUUCAGUUUUGAAAGAGUGUGUGCUCUAUGAAGGUGUGGCUAGUUAGGUUCAGAAUGGGCAAUAAUACACAAUGGUAAUUAACCGAUGCAUGUGACAUGAGAGUGGAUUAUAUGGAAGUGAAGUAAUCUUGCUGUUUUAAUACUGUUGUUUGAACUCACUUUUAUUUAAUUUGUCAUGUUAAGGGUGGUUUUAAUUUUGAUCUGAAUGGCUAUGGGUUUAUGUCUUGUGUAAUCUGUGGCUUAAAAUUGACAAGAGUGGUACAUGUACAUACUUUAUGAGAUAUAAGGGUUGGGGGAAAAAUGCUUUUAUAUAUAAUAUUAUCACUUGCCUUUGCGAUUUCAAAGUGACUGUAAAAAAAAAAAAAAAAAUAAAAAUCUGACAAUGCUAUUUUCCUCUUUCUUUCUGUCUUUCUCACUGGCCUUUAAUUUUUGGCUCCACCGCCCAGCUCUGGUAUUGUUUGCAUACUUCAUCUUUGCGUGAUGGAAUCACAAUCUUGAGUAGAAAAGAGAAUGGUCUGUGUUGAGGAUGGCCCAAAGACUACCAGAGUGCAUUGUGAUAAGGGUGCUUUGGCUUCUCCCAGUGUAAUGUCGAGAGUGAAACUUCUUUCUCUCUUUCUUUCUUUAAUCAUUCAUAUGAACAAAUUGGCCGUCCAGACACAUUUGCCAAUCAUUAUGCUCUCACACUGCAUCUCCUGGUCUGGUGAAAAGUCAUACAUUAUACUGUCCUCUUCAUGUCCACAUGACUUCAAUUAUUUGAGCACAUGGAUGGCUACUCAGAACGCCUCUACGGGUGAUGGGCAAACGAUGCUGGAUUAUCUACAGAUUCAUUGGUCUAGUGAACGCUGUGCCUUACUUAAGUAGUGACAUUUCUUCAAUAAGUAGCACCCCAGAGUCCCUUGUACAGAUUUUGAUGUAUCUUUUUCAAUUAAAAGAGGUUACAGAUUUGAAAGUUGCAAGCAGUAGUUUAUUUUUUUCUUUUCUUUUGGAAAUAAAGGAAAUAUUUUAAAAUAUUAAGUGAUAGUGAUCAAUCAAAUGAUUACAUCGUUCAGCUGUUAUGAUUUAGGUCCUGACAGAAUAAAUUGUGUUUCAACUGAGACAAGUGUUCAGUGUUUGUUGUAUAGGAAGAUAGCUGUGUUGAUGUAUUUCUCAUUCAUGGCCGGAAUCUUAGUGAUUUAGAUUUUGUAGGUCAAAGUUUGGCUUGAGGCUGCCAAAAUGAUUCGUAUGUUCACUUCAGAUCUGAAAGUGCUCUUUGGUUGCUUUCUGUACAUUUUGCACACAGAGACAUUUUUUGACUGUUGUUUGAUGAAACUGCUCCACACUGUGAAGGUUUCUAGUUUGGGUCUGUUUUAUUGUCUCAGAAAAUCUUUGAAAGUGUAUCUCCUAGUCUUUUCCCCUUUUUAAGUGAUUAAUUUGUUUUAAAGAUUUUAUCAUUUUUUUGUGAUAUGAAGCAGUGAUACAGACAACAGGUUUUCAUCUUUCCUUUUGUGUUUUCAGAAAGAGGAGCAGGCGCUGAGGUACAUGUCUCUGACUUUUCUUUCACUAAAAGUUAUUCACAACAUUAUUGGUGCUGAUCAGACAUAUACUAUUGUCAAAAUGGUUAGUUUUGUCCUCAAGGAUAUGUUUCUAAGAAAAAAGGAGCAUUGCACGUUAUUUGAAAAAACUAAAGAGUUAAUGUAUGUGCCUGAGAAUGAUGCUACCAAGAGUACUGAUAGUGAAAUCUUGAAAUGUGUGGUAUAUUUCUGUAUGUUUUAAAUUCAGCAGAAAACUAAAAUUGUAGCACAUGAAGCUACAAAAUAAGAAAACAGUCUGUAAAUUUGAAUACUGGCCCUUUUUUUUAGCCUAUAAAGGAAUGGCUGCAACAGUUUCACUGCUAGCUAUUUGGCAGUCACAGUUCACAGUAGACAGUAAUCUUGUUAGGUAUACAGGUCAUCAGGUCAGUAGGCCUUUUGGAAGAUUUCUUUUUUUCUCCUUGAUUUCUGUGAUCUUGUGGAUUGUGCCACAUGAUACUGUAGCUCUUCCUGCCUGUUUUCUCUCACACUGAAUGCAGUAUGCAGGUUUUUCCUUCUAGGUUUAUACGGUUGAGAGGUUUUUCAUUCAGAUGUGAGUGGUUGCAAGUUGUCUGUUCUCUCACUAUCAGAAGUGGAAACCUUCUUUUCUUUAUCUGGCUUUGGGUGGGGGUGUAUGUACUCCUAGUGCUGACUCCGCAUUAGCUACCUCUGCACAUUCUUUAAUUGCUAGUUGCAUUCAACUGGUGGUUGUGCAAAGAGAAAGGCCUUUCAGUCCAACCCUCUCUCUCAUUGUCGUUGGGUACAUGUUGAUAGUUUAUGUGGAAGUUCAUACAUGACACGAUGAUGCUCAGUCGAUUGCUGAGGUAAAAGGGUGGUCCUUGGGGCUCUUGUCAUGAGUGCAGUCACUUGCCUCUUUUAUGUAAACCUUCUACUUUUCUCCUUGUCACUGGUAAAUGUACUGCACAGUAAAUAUGCCCUCACUUUUCUUAAUUGCAUGUGUGACCUCUGUAUAUGAAGAUUAAUUUGUUUUUUUAAAAAUUUCUCUCAAUUUCAAUCUGGUUGUUAGCAUUUAAAAAGUACUUUUUGUAGAGCAUCAAUUUUUUUUUCACUUGCCUCUCAGGCUGCACCGUCAGCCAUCAUGCACUUCUCAUAAAUAAAGCUGAUGUAAUAAAGGUGUGAUACAAAUCUGUGGCCACUCCUUUUAGUUGGCAGCUGUUUCUGCUGAGUGCUUGAGGAUUGAUGGCUUCUCUUGCUGGCCUGAAUAGUGCCUUACCACGAAAUGGGUUGUGGUAGUUUCAGAUAGAGGCUGUUGGAAUACGUAGUACACAAAAUGUGGGACUAAAAUACUUGAGAUAUAGAUUGUCCUGUCUGUGAACCCAACGGCAAAGGGAGAUGGAGGAAAGACCUUGAAUAUUUUCUGAUCUUUGGGCUCAUUCAUUGUUUUAAGUAGAAUGCCAAGCAUGUAAUUUUGCCAACUACUUUCUUGUCAGGCUUAGCUCUUUCUUGCACAUCAAGCAGUGGAGAAAUUUUAUUUUAUGUUGAACGGGAUGUAGAGUACAAAUUCACAUAUAUAUGAUUUCGAGGAAGGCUUGUGCAUUGUCUGUUCGUGAGUGUAUUUGUCAGAUGCAAUCAUCAUGUGGGGCUUUUCUGUCUGCUGCAGCCUUGGCCAGUCACAAAAUAUCCUUCAACUAGUCGUGGACAAAAUAAUUACUUGUGAUGCAUGUUUAUAAAUGUUCUGAACUUUUUCAAGUAUAUUUCCUUGUUUAUGUUCUCAUAGAUAUCUACGUAUCUACAUACAUAUAUCUUUUUUUUUUUAAUGCCUUUGUUGUUUAGUUUGAUAUUGUAAAUGUGGGCAGUGGGUGUGGCAUUUACUAUUUUGUUGGCCUCUACAUUGUUAUUGUAUAGCUCAUAAUCUACUUAUUUUCUAGAAUACAGUCUAUAUCUGAGACAACUGAUGGUUUGGGGGAGUUAAUAGGCUUACCAUUGGCAGAGUGCUGUUCAGUCUCCGACUACACUUCCAUAUUUCAAACUGGGCUUAAUCUUUUUACUGAAUUUGGUGCGAGUCUGGCAAUUUGCUGUAGUUCCUUGUUUUAAAUUUCUCUUCUCUCCCAUUGAUGCCCUUCUUUUCGUUGAUGCAGAAUUAUAUUUGUUUUACUGUAAUGAGUCUGUUCCAAUAUCCUCUCAAACUGUGGAUAGUGGCAUUGACUCCUGAGCAUAGGUCUGUCCCAUUUCGGGACCCCAACAGCAGAGAACUAUAGAAAAAGAUUGCUUGAUGACAGGCUUCUAGGGCCAUGGAGAAGGUCAAUAAUGUAGAUGUUUACCAGAGACCUCUGUUCCAAUCUUACCCAUAGUUUUAAUGUUCAUGUUGAGUAACUGGUGUUCAUUAGCUUUUCUUUCUUGUGAAUGCACACAUUUGAUUAUAUACUUUUCACCAAUCUUUGUAUAUUUGAUUAUUUCAGUGUUCCUUUCUUUUUGUUUUCAUUUUUGUUUUCACUCUUAUCACAUUUCUUUCUUCAAACAAAAUUGAAACACACACAUACCCAAAGGAAUAACAAGUACAGAUAUUCUGUGUUUGUUUUGACAAAGUUCUGUGAUCAAUUUCCGUAAUGAUUUUUGCUCUCAUUCUGUAACUACAGUAUUUUAUAAACCAAGCGGCUGGUUUUGUGAGUUUUCUUCAGCGUGACUUUUUAGGUUGAUAUGGAGGGGUACUAAACAUUAUGCGCCUGUGAAUAGGUAGUUUUAUUUCAGCAUGGUAUGUGAUCACUUUAUUACCUCAUGUAGAAACCAGAGGGGCAGAUGGUGUGUUAAUAGAAAAAUCAAUUAUAGAAAUACUUUUUAAUAUUAAUGAAUAUAGUAAUUGAAAACUAGGGGGUAGAAAAUUUGAAAGAAAAGAAAAAAACAAACCCCCCCCCCCAAUUUGUUACCAGAAUGAGGGCAAAAAUUUAGACUGUAAACUUUAUGAUUCUUGUGAUUUAGGAUGCCACAGAAAGCUUGUCAACAAAUUUAUUGUGAGCUUACUGUUUUGGGGCAACUUUAUUUAUGACUAAAUUAUUAUUUAAGUGCCAAAAAGUGAUUCACUAGUUCAUUUUGAUUUUUAUCAAAGAUCCUUAUUUAAUCAUGCAAGUUUGAUUGGUGUAGACCCUGUGAAACAAAGACAUUCCAUGAACUUUUGUAGCACAAUACCAUUGGAUGACCAUGAACUUGCUUUGAAGAUGCAUGCUCAAUUUAAUGACAUCAAAAUGAGAGACGAACAUUUCUGUGCACGCCAAAAGUAAAGAGUCAAGUGUCUUAGAUGCGAACUGCUGAAAAGCUGGAGUGACCUCUUGUAUCUUGAAAAUUAAAGGGACAGCAAGCAGGGAUUUUUGUUUUCUCUUUUCAGCUAAAGACAUGAUAAUAUUGCCUUCAUACAAUAAUCAGUCCAUUUGAAGUGAAUUAUAGUUUUCCACAAACAUCAGUACUAUUUAUGUCAUGUUACGGGAGUGUUUCAACUCUGCCUGAGGGAUACUCGAUGAAAAUCCUCCCCAGAUGGGAAUCGACCUCACAUGGGAAUUAAACUCACAUCCUCUGUGUGCGAUGUCAAAGCUACACAAGGGAUACCGGUAGUUAUUUUGAGGGAGGGGGGGAAAAACCGCCAACAUUUUGUGGUGUUCCUGUCUCAACUUGGGAGAUUUUUAGAGGAUGUAUGUGCUUUUCAUGGACAAUAGUCUUGAGUCCCGUUUAUAGAACUAUACUGUCAAGCCCUCAUUUGCUGAAGAGCACAGCUCUAGUUCAGAUGUUAGUCACCAUCAGAAUGUCAACACUCCAUCUGUGCAGCAGGGGAAUGUGUUUUUCUACAAUUGUGUAAAAAAAACAAAAAGCGUGAAGGGUAUGGGAAGCAGUCCUGGUUGAUUUCUUAAAGAGAAUUUCUUUAGGCAUUGUAUCAUAUCAGUGGUGUUAUCCUUUGGUCAUGUUUUUGGUUUCUUAAAAAAAUUUCAACAGGGGAAAAAAAAAUUAAUUUCAAGAAUGUUUCAUUCAUAGCUAAAUAACUUGUAAAUGGAUGUCCUUAUCAUGAAAAACGAUUCCUGUUGAGGACCCACUGAAAAUUGGCAACCAUUUUGCAAGUGAAAACUUGUUGACCUAGUUCUGGCUGGUACGUGGUUACAGUAUAGCAUCAUCUGUAUGGGAUGCAUGAUAGAUGGUGAUUUUUGUGGCUAUGUUUCUCCUGAAGACUCAUCACUUUCAUGUGAACAUAACAAAGAACAAUUGCUAUCCUGAUACUGAUUGCUAGCAUAGAGAAAGUGCUCUAAAAGAAUGAAAACAAGAACUUGGAGGAAUUCAGUCAAACAAACUGAUUUUUACAGUGUGUCCUGCUGUCACUUCUUGAUGGUGUUGUAGAUGAGUCAGGAAGCUCUCAGUCUCAAGUUGGGUCGUUGGUAGUGAGGGUUAUUGGUACUGAGCCCCUGUCCACCGUUAAUGAAAUAUAUAAUAUAAUAGUUUGCACAUUGAUUGUUUUGGAGAUGCCGGUUCGAGGUAUGUUGCAACAGCACUAUACAUUUCAAUGCACUAGUUAAUGCUUUGCACUUUGUUCUCUAGGCUUUAUUCUUCUUCUUGUGUGUCAACAUGGUCUUUAUAUUUAUAUGUGAUACCAGUCCAACUUGAACAAUUCUUAUUGUGUAUUGAGGCAUUUGCUAGAUAUGUCAUUCUUUUUGUAGGGACGUUUUUAGGACUAUAGUACUUCCACUUGCUCUCUCGGAAAGGGUAAAGUGUUGGGAUUUGUUGUUGUUUUUUUUGUUGUUUUUUUUUUUGGGGGGGGGGGGGUUGCUUCAAAUUGUACAAACAAAUUUAUUGUUUUGAAAAUUUGUAAAGAAGAAAGUAAAGAUAAAGAAAACUGAAUGCUACCGAAUAGCAAAAAUUAACAUUAAAAAGAAAAGGUUGAAUAAUUUGUUCAGUACGGUCACUUGUCACCUUUUUUUCAAUGGGCUGAAGAACAAGAAUUGAUAAAGAGUGGUUUCUUUUUUUUUCUUUCCUUUUUUUCCUCCUCCCCCGGUAACGGAUAUUGUGAUGAUCAAAACUGUGUACUAAAUAUUGUACUUGUUUGGAAAUGAAGUGCCUCAUUCCUUACUUCUUCCACCUCCGCUGAUGUGGAGUUUCAAGUGGAUGAAUUUCUAUAUCUUAUGUCAUGUCAAUAAUGAUGGAUGUGUGCGUUGGGGAAGCUGAGUCUUCUACUCAUAAGUUUCUAGUGGUUUUAAGUUUAGAAAGAUGGAACGAAAUCUUUCAACAAAAAAGUAUGCUGUGCCAAACCUUUUGGGUUGUUGUUCCUUCCCCUACCCCCCCCCCCCCCCCCUCCCAAUGUUUGAAGAUUAGUAUUUUUGCUUUUCCUUGUAGUGGCCAAACUUGUAAAUGUAAAUAAACAAAGUAACAGAAGAUCAUGCUCUGAUAUUUAAACCUAAUCGUAAUUUCCCCGUUCUUUGCUCUUACCACAUGCCCUCAAAGCAAAUUUAGGCAGAUAAAAUUUACUUUAUCGUAUUCUUCAAAAUUCCUGUAGAAAUUUAUCUUCUUUUAUAAUAGAAAUUUUGGCUUCACAGCUCUGUUGCUUGACCUGGCCUCAGUGUCAGCAUGCUUGGUUGUCUCACGGACACCUCAGGAAGCUGUUCCCAUAGCUGCUGGGUGUCUGGCGCAUGCUUUAGGGUUACUUUUGAAUAUGUGACUUGGAGAAGCUGGCACUUGUGGCUUUCAUUGGAACAGGAGGUGUAUAUUUCCAACUGUUGAUGGAAGAGUUAAAGUUUUUAAAAAUGAAGUAUUUAGUGAGACGCGCUGGAAAGCUGUGUAUUUUUCUUUUGGCUUUUCAAGUCUUGCUUCAAUGUAGAGAAAAUAAUGCAUUGUAGGGUAUAAGGGGCUAGAUUGUUCAUAUUUUUAUCGUUUCGUCUUUUCUCAAGCAACUAAAGGUCAUUGUCUUUUUUUCAUAAUGUAUACACUUUUACAAAUUAGUGUUUAUUUAUCUGUGCAGAACAUGCUUACUGUUUGUGUAUUCACACUUUGUUUGCUAUGGUAUCUUUUAUGCUUUUAACUAUCCUGGUAUAUAUAAUGUUUAAAAAUUUUAUAUUACAAAAUACAUGAAGUACAAUAUUGUUUAUAAGAUGUUGACCACCCUGUUGUGAGUUUCCUGUGGUGUUAUCAUGUUCAUUUUCAACAUUUUGCCAUACAAAGAAUUCAAUAAAAUGAAAAAAAAAA